AUGCAGGCGAGGUUCGCACGGUGCGUGCGCGGCCUGCGCAGUGUGUCGACGUUCCAGCGCGGCCCGCACGAUCCCUACAAUGCACUCACACGGCGCUUCAAGCCGAGUGCCGAGAAAAAAGGGCCGCUCGCAGGGUGGGAGGUGAGCAUCAAGGAAAAUAUCUCGAUGAAGGACGUCGCAACGACGUGCUCAAGCCGCAUGCUCCAAGAGUACCGCGCGCCAUACAAUGCGGCGGUGGUCGAUCGCCUCGAGGCGAGUGGUGCGCUGAUCACAUCCCGGAACAACUGCGACGAGUUUGCAAUGGGCGGCCUGAAUGUGCAUUCCGUGUACGGCCCGGUUGCGAACCCGGCGAUCUACGAGGAUGUGAGGAAUCCCGACUUUACCAAGCACGAGCCCCGUGCGCCGGGUGGCUCGUCGGGCGGCGCGGCUGCGGCGGUCGCCGGCGAGCUGUGCCGCGUCGCCCUCGGCACCGACACGGGUGGCUCGGUGCGUCUCCCCGGCUCGUUCUGCGGCGUAUACGGUUUCAAGCCGUCGUACGGGCUGAUUAGCCGUUGGGGUGUCGUUUCCUAUGCCGACUCGCUCGACACGGUCGGAAUUUUCGCGCGCGACGUCAAAGACGUUGCCGCGGUCCUCGAUGUGAUUGCCGGCGAUGACGCGCGCGACGCGACGUGCGUCGACAAUACGAUGCGCAUGCAGAUUGCCGAGCUUACCGAUGCGCGUAUCAGCGAAAUCGGCGUGCCCGGGAAGCCGCUGCACGGCCUGCGUGUCGGCGUGCCUGCCGAGAUGUAUCCUGCCGAACUCGACGAGCGUGUCGCCUACAUUGCCGACGACGUGCUCGAGGCACUGCAGUCGCUCGGCGCGACGAUUGUGCCUCUGCGCAUCCCUGCGAUGGAGCAGAGUAUCAGUGCGUACUACGUGCUGGCGCUGGCCGAGGCAAGCAGCAACCUCGGCCGCUUUGACGGGAUGCGAUACGGUCUCUCGGUUCCGGACCAGGGCACGUUCCACGAGACGAUCGCCGCGGCGCGCGCCGAAGGGUUUGGCGACGAGGUCCAGAAGCGUAUUCUGCUCGGCACCUAUGCGGUCACGACCGAGGCCUGGGACAGUUUCUACAUGUCGGCCAUUGCCGCGCGCUUCGCGCUUGUGCAGCAGCUCGCCGCGCAGUGGUCCGGGCUGGAUCUGCGCAUGACCCGUACUCAGAACGAGAACGGCGUAGAUAUCAUGGUGCAUCCGACGAGCCUGCGUGGUGCGCCGCGCCUGUCGGACAAUCCUGCGGCGGAGUACGCCCAGGAUGUGCUGACGACGUGGGCGAACCUCGUCGGGGCGCCAGUGCUGAGUGCGCCGGCCGCGCAGAUGCUCGAGGAUACCGACGGAGCACGCCUGCCGAUCGGCAUUGGGGCCGGGACGAUGUAA